UGAACAAGGUAAGACAGCUAAAGAAUAAAAGCAGAAAAGCAUGAUCUGAGGAAACCCCAAGUAAAGCUGUUCUAAAGCAUCAGCACCAAGUUUAUCUGCAAAGCAUCAAUGCAAGAGUGCUCUUCUGGGGAUCAAUGCCCUCUGAAUUGGCCGAUUCCAAUCGAAUUGGUGGCAAAUCCAUGAGUGCUCAGUCAGUUUAAACUAAGUCUUAUACCCAUUUGCAGAAUUUUCAGCCUGGCUCAUUCAAUUCAAUUUCUGAUUUUAAUACCACAGGUCAGGACAAGAAAGACUUAGACAUUGACUUAGACAUUUCAGAGGCUCUCCAAGUUAAAACGACCCAAGUCUCCCUGGGCACCAAGAAAGCCCCUUCCCUUCAUAGUUCAUACGCUGUCCCACCAUAAAGGAAUCAAUAAAGAAAUCCAAGUCUCCUUGGGCACCAAGAAAGUCCUUCUCUUCAUACAUAACCCCACGAUAAAGGCAUCAAGAAAUCAACGUCUCCUUUCCUUGGCCACCAAGUGAGCCCUUCCCUUCAUAUACACCCCCAUUGUUCUACCAACUCCUCAAGCAAUAACCAGAAUUGGCACCAAGAAGAGACCCAAGCCUUCACAUACACCUCCAUUGUUAUACCUACUCCUGGGAUAACAAUCCAGCAUUGGCAAUGGAUUCUCUAAUGGUACUUCUUGGCCCACCUGAAAUUCAUGAUUUGUCCGAAGAGUGCUUGGGUGGCAACACCGCCGCCGCCGGAAGCAAAACAGACCAAACUGCCGUUGACCCCUUCAUGAACCUCCUCACAAGCCAAUUCAACAAAACCAAGCUGAAGGCAGUCAGCCAGACUCGAACUGCGGGCCUUACUGAGAACUUCUCCCCAACUUUUCUUUCUAGCGGCAAUCCCUGCUUGGAUUUCUUCUUCCAUGUGGUGCCAGACACACCUAGUGAAAGAUUGAUUCAGCUACUUGAAUCUGCGUGGGUUCAUGAUCCCACCACCACUCUGAAGCUUGUCUGCCAACUGAGGGGGGUGAGGGAGAAAGGGAAAUCAGACAAAGAAGGAUUCUAUACUGCUGCUCUGUGGCUUCAUGGCCACCAUCCCAAGACCCUGGCAGGCAAUAUCCGCGGCCUCUCUGCAGCAGGUUACCUCAAAGAUUUGCCUGAGAUACUUUUCCGGCUACUCAAAGGGCCAGACGUCCGCAGAAUUGCAAAGCAAGAACGCAUUAAGAGGCCAUUCCGGAAACGCAUUUUGUUAAGGAGAAAGAGAAAAAGUCUGAGGAUAAACAGGAAGGCGAAGCCCCGAGAGCAGAGAAUCGAUGAAGAGAAGGAGAGAUGUAGACUUGAAAAAGAACAUGCUGCAGAACUCCGCAGGAAGAAGACGGCAAAUAUGGCGUUGAAAGCUAUAGCAAGGUACAACAACGAUCAAGAUUUUCGCUUUCUGUAUGAUGAGAUCGCGAAGCUGUUUGCAGAACUGUUGGCUUCGGAUCUAGCAAUAGUAGGUUCAGGUAGAAAAAAUCCACACCUGAGCUUAGCUGCCAAAUGGUGUCCCUCAUUGAAUUCUUCAUAUGAUCGGUCUCUGCUGCUCUGUGAAGCAGUUGGGAAACGGCUCUUUCCUCGGGAAUCCCAUCCAGAAUACGCUGACGUAGAGGAGAGGCACUACUCUUAUAGAGUAAGAGACCGUCUUCGCAAACAAGCCCUUGUCCCAUUGCGGAGAAUUAUGCAGCUGCCUGAAGUUUACAUGAGUGCCAACCAGUGGGAUGCCCUACCAUACAAUCGUGUUGCUUCUGUUGCCAUGAAAAACUACAAGAGGCUCUUCCAGAAACACGAUGGAGAUCGUUUCGCAGAAUAUCUCCGAGAUGUAAAGAUGGGGAAAUGCAAGAUUGCAUCAGGAGCAUUGCUUCCCCAUGAGAUUCUAAAAGCAGCAAUAACAGCAGCAACUAAUGGUGGCACUGAUGAAGUAGCAGAACUCCAGUGGCGAGGGAUUGUAGAAGAAAUGCAGAAAAAGCAGAAACUGACAAACAGUCUGGCCAUCUGCGAUGUGUCUGGGAGCAUGGCCGGGACACCAAUUGAGGUCAGCAUUGCACUUGGCCUCCUGGUUUCUGAACUCAGUUCAAAGCCAUGGAACGGGCAUUUACUUACCUUCAGCGAGAAUCCACAGCUUCAUGAGAUUGAGGGUGGCACACUGGCCGAAAAGUACCAGUUUGUAGAGAACAUGCAAUGGGGAAUGAAUACAGAUUUUCAGAAGGUAUUCGACUUGAUCCUGAAGAUAGCCGUGGAUGGAACCCUAACACAAGAUCAAAUGAUCAAGCGCGUAUUUGUUUUUAGUGACAUGGAGUUCGAUGAAGCAUCGGCAAAUCCCUGGGAAACCGAUUACAUGGCAAUAGUGAGAAAGUUCAGGAAGUGUGGGUACGAGAAGCCACCAGAGAUUGUCUUCUGGAACCUUCGUGAUUCUAUUGCCACACCUGUGCAGGACACAGAGAAGGGGGUGGCGCUUGUUAGUGGAUUUUCAAAGAACUUGUUGAAGAUCUUCAUGGAAAAUAGUGGUGAGAUAAGUCCUGUGGACAUAAUGGAAGCGGCUAUAUCUGGGAAGGAAUAUGAAAUGCUGGCAGUCAUCGACUGAGUUUUACUUAUUUUUCAAUGUUACCGCUGUUGCUUUCAAAAAGAAAAGAAAAAAAAAAAAUAGAACGUUUGCAGAAUAAACUAUUGUUGAUAAUCGCAAGAAUGCUUCCCAUAUGAGGCAGACAUAACUUGGUGCUAAAGAAGAGAAAAAGGCACAUGACAAGACUUCCAGAUGAGUAAAUAUGUCAUAGGAAGCAAAUGUAGAGAAACACGAAGCCCUCGCAAUGACAACCACCAACCCACUCUAAACAAAGGCAUUUGCAAGUAGAAAAAUAGAGGAAAGCAUACACAAAUCUCUGCAGUUUAUCGAUUUGCAGCAGUUCAUUGCU